AUGGAAAUGACUGAUUUUGAACUCACUAGCGAUUCGCAAUCGAACUUAGCUAUCCCAUCCAACUUCAAAUCGACUCUGCCCCCUAGGAAAAGAGCCAAGACGAAAGAGGAAAAGGAACAGCGGAGAAUCGAGCGGAUUUUGAGAAACAGAAGAGCGGCUCACCAGAGCAGAGAAAAGAAGAGACUGCAUCUGCAGUACCUCGAGAAGAAGUGCUCCCUCCUGGAGAGCUUGCUGAGUAACGUCGACCUCGAGAAACUGGCCGAGCACGAAGACGUGUUGGCCUGCAGCCGCGACGCCUUCGUCGCCCACCUCGACGAGUACAGGGACUUCCAGUGCUCGCGGGACACGUUGAUGGACGCCCGUACCAGCUCACACUCGUCUUCUGACACUUUCACACCUUCGCCAUUGAACUGCACGCUCGAGCCUGCGACACUGUCGCCCAAGAGCAUGCGCGACUCCUCGUCGGACCAAGAGACCUCGUGGGAGCUGCAGAUGUUCAAGACGGAGAACAUACAAGAACCUGCCACACUACCUGCCGCAGACGAUAACAACCUGUUUCACACGGCGGCUUCACCGCUCGUGGACCCGCUCUGCGGCGAGAUAGCAGAGAAUAGUCUGCCCUUUGACAAUUCAAUUGACCUUGACAAUUGGCGUAAUCCAGCCGUGAUUACGAUGACCAGGAAACUGCACUGA